CUUUCUUCCUGUCUGGUCUUUGCAGAUUAAUGUCACACGCAAAGCAGUAACUGUUUCCUUUCAGAAACAUAGACAAGAGUGAAUGCAUACUCAGAGUGUUGAGACCGAUGGAAAAUAGAGCCUAAGCAUUCUUCAGCGACUGGUUUCUUUGUUGAGAGAGAUUCAUGAUAAUGACCCAUAACUUCCAUUUUCAGGGCCCCCCGUUUAAAAAGACUCGACCUUUAUCACACACUAUGUGUUUUCUGGUUGCAAGAAAGAGACUUUAAAAUGGGGUUCUUCUUCAGAUGAUGGACUUUGUUUCUGCUUCAGAUUUGGGUUCUUGAGAGAAAGUAACUGUCAACAGGAUCUCAUUGUUUGAUACGGCCAACGUUAUAAUGGAGGUUCACAGAAGACGUUUCAAGGGAAGCUUUCUUAGCUUCUUUGACUGGAAUGCUAAAUAUCAAAAGAAGCACCUUUCUCACGAUCCUAAGUUGCCUGAAAUUUCAAAGCAAGGAAAGGAAAACGUGGACAAUUUGCCAAAGUCAGAGGUCAAUGAGAUGAAAAUGAAUGACAAUGGAGCAAAUCCUGCAAGUUCUGAUUUUGAUUGUGCCAUAUCAAUUAGUAGUGAUGAAGGGUGUCAGACUAAAGCCCCUGGGUUACUAGCCAGACUCAUGGGUUUGGAUUCACUGCCAGUUUCAAAUGUCUCUGAGCUAUCUUCAUUAUCCACUUCCUUAUAUGGCUCCAACUCUCUUGAAUCUUCUCGUACUCCUGAUGAGGAUGUUCUUCUCUCAACGGUUGACCAUUGUUGUAAUGUUGAUUCGAUAAACAUGGGACUUAAGUCGGUGAAGUCUUCUUGGAGUGUCAUGGAAUCAAAAGAGAGAAAUCCGGCCAUGAAAAGAUUUCAGACUGAAAUGCUGCCUCCAAGGUCUGCCAAAACCAUUCCAGUUACUCACGACAAACUUUUGUCUCAACCUAAGCAUGCAGCUCAAAUUAUGGAGGCAGCUGCCAAAAUAAUUGAGGUAAGUCCCCAGCCAUGUAAGAGGAACAGAAUGUCUUCAACUGGACCUUCAUCUGUACCCUUAAGAAUUCUUGAACUCAAAGAGAAAUUGGAAGCUUCCCAACAUGAAUCCAAGUUCACAGGUAAGCACACUGCUAACCCUCUGAAUGGCAAGCCUAGUGAGAGGAGAAAUAGUUUAUGUAAAUCUACUCCAAGUUCAACAGGUUCAAGAGAUUCAGAAAAAAACAGUUCUUGCCGGUUGCCAAGCAAAAGAAAAUCUGCUUCACUUGCAAUUCCAUCUAGAACCAAUGUUCAGAACUGUGAUGAAUUGACUUUGAAUGGUAAUAGGGGAUGUGUGAAGCAGAAGGAACAUAAUGAUAUCAAAUCAAACCAGUUGUCUCGGAGCCAGAAGAAACGAAGUACAGACCGAGCCAGAGUCAUUCAGCAGAAAGCUUGUAAUGGCCAGAAUAGUAAUGUGCUUGGGAAGAAUAACCAAAAACUGUGUAGUGAAACCACCAAAAGUAACCCGACUUCCAAGGCAUACUCGCAUAAACCAACACAAAAUUGGUCUUCAGAAAGUUCUACUAGAGCAAAGAAGACCACAAAAAGGGGUGUUGUAAAAGCCAACACUGAGCCCAAAGGGUCAGACACAAGGGUAAUAGGUGCUACCAAACCAGUUUCCAAAAGAAAGAGCAUUUCCCAAAAGAAAAACUAUAUGAAUAGGGAUGUUCACAAUGAGGCAAGAGGCACUGAUACUGCGGCUAAUAAUUAUGAAAACAAGUCUAUAAAAUGCAAUAUUACAACUGACGGAAGUAUUAACCAGGAUGCAUUUAGUAUGAAAGGAAGCAAUGGUGUGAUUUCAUUUAUAUUUACAUCUCCUUUGAGAAGAAAAAGUCCUGAGUUACAGUCCUCCAUUGAGAAAAUGGUGGAAACAAGGAACAAAACUGAUGUCAAUUCUUGUAGCAAUAAUGAUAUGCUCAAUCCCAGAAAAUCAUCAUUAUCUCCUCCCAGGUUACAUGUUAUAGAUGGUGAGGCUUUAAGUGUCCUUUUGGAGAGAAAGCUGCAAGAAUUGACAUCUAGAAUUAACCCAACUCAAUGCUCUGUGAUGAAAGAAUGGUCUUCUGCUGGUUUGGAAGACAGAAGUUUUCACCCCAACCUGGUUAGUAAUAAAUUGGACAGCAGGCAUGACAAUUGUUUGUCAAGUGAUAGCAUGGUGCUUAGUAUGAAUCAGCAACCACAGACAUCAGAAUCAAUAGAAGGGCCUAGCUGCAGCAGCAACAGCGAAAGCAGAAAUGAAAGUUACUUAGAUAGUGCAUAUGGCAGCACAGUUUAUUCUUCCAUGCAAGAUGAAGAGGUAUCUGAUUUUUCUCCAAUGAAUGAAUCUCUGAGGUCUGAGCAAAGCUCUUAUUAA